GGUCUUUCAAGACCCGGAAAACCGGGAGUGACUUUCAAAGUCUGAAAACGUUGAUAACGUCCAUAUUUAAGUUCGACGUUUUAAGAUAUUUUUUUACGUGUAUAGGUUUUAAUAUAGCCUCGGUUGUCUCCAGUAUGUUGCAGGCUUUGAAAAGCGUCAGACACCUGCAGUCCAGUGCAAUGAAACACGCAGUUUCAGAGCUCUGUGUCCCGGUCCCAUGGGGAGAGCUCAGAGGGAAAGUCUGGGGUCCCAAUCACGGUCGUCCCGUGCUGUGCCUGCACGGCUGGGCUGACAACUGUGGCACAUUCAACAGUCUCAUUCCCCUUCUACCCAAAGAGUGCAGAUAUGUGGCGGUGGAUCUGGCGGGUCACGGUCUGUCGUCACAUCGUAGUCCUGGAGUUUUCUACUCUUUUCCGGCGUAUGUGAUGGACGUACGCAGAGUUGUUGACGCUCUGCAGUGGAGCAAAUUCUCCAUCAUAGGCCACAGUAUGGGUGGCAACGUUGCUGGAAUGUUCAGUUCACUGUAUCCUGAGAUGGUGGAUGCUGUCGUACUGCUGGACUCAUAUGGAUUCUUUCCUACAGAUAAGAAAGAAAUGUUGAAAGUGAUGAGGCAAGGGAUGGAUCAGAUGGUUCAGUUUGAAAAAAUGACGGAAGAUAAGAAGAGAAGAGUUUACACUUAUGCAAAUGCAGUAGAGAGGCUGAUGGCUGCCAACCCGACUCUGUCUGAACGGUCUGUGCACAUCCUUUUAGAGCGAGGUCUAGUUCAAGUUGAAGGAGGUGUGGCGUUUACCCGAGACCUCCGUAUUAAUCUGAAAAAUAUAACGCGCAUCAGUUUGGAGCAGAGUCUGGAAUUGCAGUCAGGGAUUCAAGCCUCUGUUCUAGUUAUUCUAGCAGAGGACGGCUUUGAGAAAAUGUUUAGUGAACCCGAGCAAAAGAAAUUCACAUCAGCAAUUCUCCAGGCCUAUAGGGACAGAAAUCACGCGGUGGUGACCGUACCAGGUGAUCAUCACGUCCAUCUGAAUGAUCCUAAAGCUGUCGCUCCACUUGUGUCUGACUUCCUGCAGACCAAAGUGUUGACACAGCCAGCCCGACAAACAGCUGAACAGACCUCGAAGUUAUAGCAAACACAAAAAACAUUGGUUUUGCCUUAAGUAAUAUUACACUGCUGAUUUUAACAUAACAUUUGUUUGUAUUCAUAUUGUACUGUUUACACUCACCUUGGUGCUAAAACCUGUCAACCAGCUAUGUAAGCAUAACUCAUGUUACUUUUGCUGAGCGCCUUUAAGUAUUUAAUGCAUUUUAAUAGAUAUUUAAUAGCCGCUUGUCUUUAACUCCAGAGGGUCUGUGAAAUAGUGAAGGGGGGUGUUGGGUAAGUUGAAGAGACAAAUCAGCAAAAAAAACAGCCAAAAGAGCUGAGCAUGAAGGGAAGGACUCAGCCAGCCAGUGCCAUUAAGCAUGGCCGUUCACUGUGUUUACCUUCAUUAACUCUCCUGAAUCGAUACCAAGCUCCAUAACCACACAGACCUUUACACACAUCACACUGGUCCGUUACAACUCUACUCAGCCAGAGAUUUCACCGCUCUCAGUUGAGAUGGAUGGCAAAGCGCUGCGGUGUUAGCCCAUAGCAGACCUUUCCAUUGCUCAUAGCUUAUUCCUGACAGAACACCACGGUGAUUUUCAGACUGCUUGCAUGUUUUCUUCAGCCUCACAUUGUUGAAAUGGAGCAGCUAAUAUCGGUAGCGAGAGCAAGAAGUUAGCAGACUGCCAAGACUGCACCUCUCUCUCUGCUCUGCUUCAAGGGUGUGUCCCUAAAGCCCUGCCCUUGGUGAAACAGGGAGAUCAAAGGAGAGGACAGCAAAAUGCAGUAAAGAUUCACUGAGCUGAAAUGGAAACACUGCGCUUCAUUUUGAAGGAUUCUGUUAUUCUACAGUAUUAAAAACAAAACAAAUCUCUUAAUCCUACAAUAUAAAACCGAAUACCUACCCAACGAAUAAAUAUCCGAAAAGUGAAAAGGUUCAAAAAGUCAACAUUAGCUUUGUAAAGAUAGAUGGCUAAGCCGUUGUAUUGGACUGCAUUAGAUCAUACAGGAGUAAUAAAGAUCUUAGUUAUUUAGACUAUACUGAACUCUAUUCUGAGCUUGGUGUCUUCCUGCUGCCCUGCAGUUCAGACUGCUGUGUAUUAGCAGGCAGAAGGUAUAGGAUCACCUUGUAGCUGCUGUCUUUGAGGAUUGUUUAAAAUGCACAGGUGUCUUAGAAGUCCGCUGCCUGUUGUUAAUAUUUUAUCAGUUGCUCAGUUUCUCUGAAGCGUGUCCUCAUGUUUAAUCUCAAAAGGUAGUAAGCUGUGGGAAGAAAGUGUGUGUACCUGAGUGCCACAGUGGGAGCAGAGGAUGAAUAUGAACUCAUCAAGUACUGUCACACAGUAUAUUGUUUACAGCAUUUAAACUAUGUUAAUAAAGGCUUUUAUUUUGGAGGAUCAUCUGUUGGAAAUCUAUGAAACUACAAUUCCUUAAAUUUUUUUAUGUAAUGUAAUCUUUAAUCAUUUUACAAUUGACCAUCAUCUAUCUUUGCUUUUUCUGUGAUCUACUUUUAAAUAUUUAAAAUGAAUGUAUUUUUCAGGCUAUUGUAAAUAUUUACCCAUAUACAGUAUGUUAGGAUAUUGUUGCACAGUUUUCCUUUUUUUUUCUAAAAUGCAAAUAAAAUUUAUUUUGAUGAUUUCCUGAUUUCCAUCCAAUAAAUCGUUAAAGAUGCAUGCAGUUGUUUGACAGCUGUUGAAAGGCUGUGGACAAUUAUUGAAAUCAGAUAUGUAAAAUAAAUAAUUGGAGCACGGAAGACCUUUUGGUAGAGGGAAAACCAUGUCUUGCCGAAUUGUUGAUAUUGAGUUAUAUGUAUUUAUAACUAUUGUAGCAAUGUCACUUUUGCCAUUAAAAAAAACUAUGAAGGGG